AUGGCACCGAGGGUGGAGGAGUUGGAGGCCUUCCCCGGUGGGGGGGCGGCGGCGGAGGAGAACUCGCCGGUGCAGCAGGUGGCGAUGACGGUGCCGACGACGGACGAUACCACCCUCCCGGUGCUCACAUUUCGGAUGUGGGUGCUGGGGACCCUCUCCUGUGUGGUCCUCUCCUUCGUCAACCAGUUCUUCUGGUACCGCAAGGAGCCGCUCUCGAUCUCCUCCAUCUCCGCGCAGAUCGCGGUGGUGCCGUUGGGCCACCUCAUGGCCAGGACCAUCACGAGGAAGGUCUUCCUAAAAGGGAGUCGGUGGGAGUUCACCCUCAAUCCGGGGCCCUUCAAUGUGAAGGAGCACGUGCUCAUCACCAUCUUCGCCAACUCCGGAGCGGGAAGCGUCUACGCCAUGCACAUCGUCACCGCCGUUAAGAUCUACUACCAAAAGGAGCUCACAUUCUUCGUCUCCUUCCUCGUCGUCCUCACAACACAGGUACGCGGCUAGAAUUCUCCGACGCCGGCCCACCGUCUUCCGUUACAUUUUCCCCGUCCAUGUUUUGUUACCCUUCUUGAAGUGAAUAAAGUCUCAUUCCGCCUGUAAAUCUGACGGAAUAGGUGCUGGGAUUCGGGUGGGCGGGACUAUUCCGGCGGUACCUGGUGAAACCGGCGGAAAUGUGGUGGCCUUCUAAUCUGAUCCAGGUCUCUUUGUUCGGGUAAGCUCAUCUACCGCUCGACUUCCUUACUAUCACCUUCUCGCUUGCAUCGUCAAGGAAUCUGGGAUAGGAAAGAAGGAUCAAUGGCUACUACUGACGUACAUUAGGAUAGUAGAGCCCUAGAUUCUUCCUCCAAAAGAAUAUUUGAUUAUUUCGGCAUCCCGUGACUCUAGUUUCGAAACUUUCUCGGAUCUCGAGUUUCCUGCGCACCAUUAAAAAAUGCAAAGCGCAAGCCCUAAAUUCACACCCACCCGAUGAUGAAUCCAAAAAUACCGUCUCGCCCUCUGAUGCAGUAUGCAAACUAUAGUGGCCAUUGGGAUGUGCGGCUCUGCUUAGGGAAUGGUCCAACGCACACUGUAGGGACCUCUUUAUUACUCUUUUCUCGGAGUUGAGAUGGAUGAUGACGAAGGGCUUUUUCUAGGGAAGGGAGAGAUUCCCCACCACACCAGUCCCCGCCACAUGCGUGGAUUUCCAGUGGAACCCGGAAAAGUAGUAUAACGAGUGAUCCACUUGGUCCUCGUGAAGACUUCUAUGGCCCGCGACAAGGAACAUGCCUCGCUGGCCCAGGACCACAGUCACUUUCCUACGGCCUCCUAUGCCCCGGCCAUGUCGCCGGAGGAAGCUUGGAGGACCGAUACAUUCACUUCUGCCCAGCAGUUCAAUGCAGGCGAAAAGUUGUGAAGGAUUUAGCGAACCUAGCCCAUAUUUCUCCUCAAUUCCUAGAAAUGCUUCAUGGUAUGGUGGAAUAGCUGAUAAGGAAAACCCACUGGCAGCCCUGCUCGUGAUCAAUGCGACCCACCCACCAUCACUUUCAAAGCAGUGCGUUGGACUGGUCAGCAUCCCACUUGCCCACUGUCAUCUGCUUAUCUUCUUCUGCCGUCGAAAAUGUUUGUUGGUAUCUUAAAUAUGUGAACCUCAAGUCAACGAUUAGUCUUUAUAAAGCAGUGCACUGGCAAAUUGGAUUAAACAUUGUAUGAAUUUAGUCACAUGAUGAGCUGUCACCCAAUGGAUUUGGACCAUUCCCCGAGACUGCCUCCAGUCUUGUCAUGUCGCCGUUCUAUUUCUGGGAGGAGGUGAGAGAACGCGAUUUUCAAACCUUUCCAGCUUUCGUUGUCUUUUCUGAGAUAUUUUCCAUUCAUCCGUCAGCAUCCGAUGUACAUCCACUCUCCCUGUCACGGCAUGAUUAGGGUCUUUUGGUUAAAACUACGGUUCUCAGUAGCCAAAAUUGGGGUGGAAGGGUUUAUUUUGGUGAAUUAUUCCUCUUUAAAUUUUAUUCGAUUGUUUAUUAUCAUAAUUAGUUUUUUUUCUGCGUCGGAAAUUUCCAAUUUCCUACGAUCAGGAUUAUUAUGAACAGAAAAAAAAUAUCAUUCUUGCAUCUCUGAUUGCACCGGAACUCUUUCCCCUGUUUUGGGUAAUUUUGGGGUGGUGGUAUGUGAUGAAUUUCCUGGGCUGUCGCUCUACCGCAGGGCGCUGCACGAGAAGGAGAGGAGGCCGAGGGGCUCGCUCAGCCGCAACCAGUUCUUCCUCAUUUCGUUCAUCUGCAGCUUCGCCUACUACGUCUUCCCCGGUUACCUCCUCCAGCUGCUGACUUCCGUCUCCUGGGUAUGCUUCGCCUUCCCCCACUCGAUCGUGGCCCAGCAGAUCGGGUCCGGCAUGGAUGGCAUGGGCAUCGGCGCCAUCGGCCUCGACUGGUCCACCGUCUCCUCCUACCUGGGCAGCCCCCUGGCCAGCCCCUGGUUCGCCACCGCCAACGUCGCCGUCGGCUUCUUCCUCGUCAUGUACGUCAUCACGCCCAUCUCGUACUGGAAUGACGUCUACGACGCGAAGAAGUUCCCCUUCUUCUCUUCCGGCCUCUUCACCGCCACCGGCGACCGCUACAAGAUCUCCAGCAUCAUCGAUUCCAAGUUCCACCUCGACAUCGACGCCUACGAGAAGAGAGGCCCCCUCCACCUCAGCACCUUCUUCGCCAUGACCUACGGCGUGGGCUUCGCCGCCCUCACCGCCACCGUCAUGCACGUCCUCCUCUUCCACGGCAGGUAAGCUGGCCCGUUGACCCUAUAAACUUACAGUUCCAAGGAGAUGGCAUGGAUUCUCAUGGGAAGAUGAAUCGCAGUGACAUAUGGAGGUUGACCCGGACGGCGUUCAAGGACCAGAAAAUGGACAUCCACACGAAGCUGAUGAGCCGGUACAAGCAGGUCCCGGAGUGGUGGUUCGUCUGCAUCCUCCUCUCCAACAUCUGCCUCGCCCUCUUCGCCUGCAUGUACUACAACGAACAGCUGCAGCUCCCCUGGUGGGGGGUCCUCCUCUGCUGCGCCAUCGCCUUCUUCUUCACCCUCCCCAUCGGCAUCAUCGCCGCCACCACCAACCAGGUAGCCUUCCUCCUCCUCCGCCGCCGUCACUACCAUUAACAAAAAGAAGAAGAAGAGGGUAAAGACGGGAGUUUUCUUCUGCAGGCGCCGGGGUUGAACAUCAUCACGGAAUACGUGAUCGGGUACAUGUACCCAGGGAGGCCGGUGGCGAACAUCCUCUUCAAGACGUACGGCUACAUCAGCAUGACCCAGGCGCUGACUUUCCUGCAAGACUUCAAGCUGGGCCACUACAUGAAGAUACCGCCGAGGACGAUGUUCAUGGCGCAGAUGGUGGGCACACUGAUAGCGGCGAUGGUGUACCUGAGCACGGGGUGGUGGCUGAUGGAGUCCAUCCCCAACAUCUGCCUCACCAACCUCCUGCCUGCGGACAGCCACUGGACCUGCCCCAUGGACAGAGUCUUCUACGACGCCUCCGUCAUCUGGGGCCUCAUCGGCCCUCGCCGGAUCUUCGGAGACAUGGGCACUUAUCCGGCGAUCAACUGGUUCUUCCUCGCCGGAGCGGCGGCGCCGCUGCUGGUCUACGCCGCCCACAGGAUCUUCCCGGAGCAGAAGUGGCUACGCCUGGUAAACAUGCCCAUCCUCAUCGGCGCCACCGGGAUGAUGCCACCGGCCACCGCGGUGAACUACACCACCUGGAUCAUCGUCGGCUUCCUCUCCGGGUUCGUCGUCUACAGGUACAAGCCAGACUGGUGGCGCCGGCACAACUACCUCCUCUCCGGCGCCCUCGACGCCGGUUUGGCCUUCAUGGGCGUCCUGCUCUUCUUCUGCUUGGGCUCACAGGGCGUCGCGCUGGACUGGUGGGGCAACCGCGAGGCCUGCCCUGUGGCCUCCUGCCCCACCGCCAAGGGCGUCACCGUUGACGGCUGCCCCCUCUUCUAG